AUGCUUGAUGACUUAAUAAAUAAUAUAAUACACGAGGUUCAAGAACUAUACAAUAUUGACAUGGUUGAUGAAGAAAGUAAUAACUUGAUUGAAACACCUUUAUAUCACAAUUCACAACCAAAAGUGUUCAAUUUGAGCUUGGAGAUGGAGAUUCAUAAAGAUGAUAUUGGUGAUGAACUAGAGAUGGAAAUUGAAGAAGAAUAUUAUGAUGAAUCCAUACAAGAAGUUGGAAUGGUUCCAGCUUCAAAAGAAGCCAUCAAGACAAUGAAAACAACAUGUGAUUUGAAUGUUACAAAAUUGAGAGACAUAUUAUGUUGUACUAUAUGUAUGGAUGAAUUUGAUCAUAUUCAUGACACAUCAAAAGUAUGCACCAUGCCUUGUAAUCAUGUGUUUCAUGAACAAUGUAUCGUCAAGUGGUUACAAACUAGCAAUACUUGUCCUUUGUGUCGAUAUUCAAUGCCCACUGCUCUUGGUAGUUGA